AAAUUUGGAACAAGAAAAUAGAUGGCUGAGGAUCCUCUGAAUACUGUAGCCAAUCAUCAGAACUCGAUGCCUCAGCUGCCGGUUUAUCUUCUUCAUUCGAAUCCAAUAUGCCUCUCCUACGCACGCUGAUGCGCCUGCUGGGUUGGCUUCUUGGACUCAUCGCCCACCUCCAGAGGCUCAGCUCAUCCUCUUUGCUCACUCAGACAACCUUCGCACUUACCUAAGCAACGGCACAAGUCCCCAAGUUUGGAAAUUUUGCCUUUGAAUUUUGAUUGCUGAAGAGAUUGGCAUGGAAAGGAGGGAGCUUGGUGGUGACAGGAACAUUGGCUCUGUCAAAGCAGCCAUUAAUAUGUAUGGAGAGAGGAUUCUUGAGAGCAGCGGCCCGGCUUUGAGGAAUACCCAGAAGAAUUACCCCGAGAAUUCCUCUUCGAGAGCUAAAGAAUUGCUUCUGGCCAAGAAGGACAUUACCCGGUACCGCGAGAGGAGAAGGAAUGCUCAGUCCACAAGAGCCGAGGCGGAAACCGAGCUCUCCGAAGCGAUGAGCAAGGUCAAGAAUCUGAAAGCCAUGGCCGAGGCGUCAAAUUCCAAUGCCAAGUCGCAGCUGCGCGAAUUCAAUAAGAGAACAAGGCCGCAGGCGCUGCAGGGCGUUCGGAUGAAGGAGAAGUCUCGGUAUGAAGAAGUGAUGAGAGAGCUCGAACACGUCAAGCAGGAACUGAGCAAGCUUAAGCUGAACGUGGCUUCUGUGCUGGACGAGAAAUCGCGGGCAGAGAAAGAAGUGGAAGCGUCGAGCUCAAAAAUGCGGUCUUACACAAGCUCGGCCGAAGCGCUGAGGAAGGAGAUCGAGGAAGUUGGCGAGGAACAGGUGCUGGUCGAGUUGGCGCAAAUUGAAGCUCUGAAGGAGCAUGCGGCCAUCGAAGCUCAGAGAGAGAAGGAAUUGAGCGAAUACUCAACCAAAGUGGAAGAAACGAGGCAAAAGAUAAAUUAUUUGAGAGAAGUUGAGAAUUCGAAGGAGCUAGAGGCUGAAUUGGCUGUAACAUUAUCUGAUGUCGAUGUGCUACAGAAUGAGCUGAAAUUAGUGAGAGAAAUGGACAAAAGGGUUCCGAUGGAUAAUGGCUUCCAGCAUCCAGAAGACGGAAUCAAGAAAGGCGAGGAAGAUGAAACCUUAGUCAUGUUACGGGCGGUCACAGAGGAAUUGGAGGAAGCGAAGAAAGAAUUGGGGACUGUCAAGGAAGAGGGCUUUCAAUUUAUGUCCUCGAUGGACAUAAUAAGGAAUGAGUUGAAGUUUGUCACAAAAGAAAGAGCUCAGCUGAAGAAAGCAGAGGAGAAAACAGAAUUGACUGUCCAAAGUCUCAAUUCCAAGCUGCUGAGAGCGAAAUCCAAGUUGGAAGCCGCGACAGCAGCCGAGGAGAAAGCUAAGUCGAUCGCCUCCAAUCUCUCACUCUCCCUCGAACAGUUAAGGACAGAAGCAGAGGCUGCAAAGAAAGAGGAGGAGUUAACUUUUGAAGAGACCAAAGCGAUUAAGGAAGAGAUUCAGAAAACUGAUGGUGAGAUAGAUUUGACUGAGGAAAGACUACAAGCUGCUAUGCAGGAGCUUGUAACAGUCAAAGCCUCAGAAGCGCAAGCACUUGAGAACCUCAGAACUUUAAUUGAGAAUACAAUGAGAGAAAGAGCUGCUGUAUCUCAGCAGAGCUCUUCGAUCACUAUUUCAAAAUUCGAAUACGAAUAUUUGACAGGCCGUGCCACUGGGGCUGAAGAACUCGCAGAUAAAAAGGUUGCGGCGGCUCAGGCUUGGGUCGAAGCUUUGAAGGCAAGUGAAGAGAUCCUGAUGAAGAGCGAGCUGAGACAUAGAGAGGGGAGAGAGAUGAGGGUGGAGGAAGAGCAACAGGUGUAUCAGACGGAAAGGUCGCUCUCUGCGAAGAGAAGGGUCGAGGGAGAAAUAACAACUUGGAGGCAAAAACGGGAUAAGAUCUCGAGAAGCAAGAAUGCUCAACUGGCUUUGCCUAGGAAGUCCCCGAGAAAACUUACAGGGGACAAUGAUGAUUUUUCUCCAGCCACAAGAGCAAAGUUCCGCAAGUCAAGUUCACCUGGAACCCAUGUUACGGCUCGGUCAACCUCGAUAACUCUCAAGAAGAGAAGGAAGGUGAUGCCGAACCUAUCUAAGCUAUUCAGUGGAGGAGAUAUGAAGAAGAAGUCCAAGGAGCUCCGAGAUUGAAUGGCUGUCCAAACCGAAGCGCUCUUUCAGGAAGUUUUCAGGAGGUGUAGCUGUUUCCACAUGGGGAGACAAGACCGGGAUGGUCAAUGUUUGCCAGGAUUCGCAGGUGGGGAGCUCACACCAGCAUCGUUCCUGUCGUGAGAGCUUCAAAUAUCAAAGGCUAUUGAAAGAGUGCAUUGGGAGGUUUGUUUUCUUCCUGUCCUUCAUCGGUUUUUGACAUUGUUGAGCUCCAGCUACGGCGACAAUACACCAUUGGCACAUUUCUUUUGAGUUUUCUUCUCCCUUGACCUUGUUCCAGUUUCCAUGAGCCGUGUCUGAUCUAAUCGAGCUAUUAUAAGAAGACCAAAUGACUGCCGAGUCAACUUUGAUUACUUAUAUACAAAAGAAACCUGUUAUAUCGUUC